GCCUGAAAUCAAAGACAAAUUGAGUUGCGUGAUGUGACAGGCAUAGAAUCCUUUGGUGACAGGGCUCUACAUUUCCCAAAUUUGGUUUUCAACUACUCCCUAUAAACUGUUCAUGGCUUACUUUCUUCUUAAUCCGCCAUUGAUUCAUUGAUUACUUCCAUAAAUAUUCCCAAAAUAACCCUAAUUUUCUUCUUCCCCACAAUAACCAACCUUCAAAUCAAAAUUCCCAAGAUUCAAUUUUUUUAGAAAACCAACCAAGAUUAUUCCUUGGUUUUCGCAAAUCAAGAAAACAACUUUCCAACUGAAAAUAAACGACCCAAAUUAGAAACACAAAUAAAUAAAUCCUGGCUUCAGAUUUCUGCAAAUCGCUGUUUCAACCCAGAAGAACUAAAUCCCAGCCUCUUCUCUCAGUCCCCCAAAAUCGGAUGCUCCGACGAACAAUGGAUAUUAACCCGUUUAAGUAUUGUUCGGGGCUCCGUUACUUGGGCUACUUGAUGAUCUUUAUGGUUUUGGGUAUCAUUGCCCUCUCUUAUUGGGCCGUUAUCGUUCUUGUUUGGGGGCCCAAAUUGAUCCACGGUGGUGCUCCGGCUGUUUUGGCUGCAUUCAUUGUUCUUCUUUUCCAUGUUCUCCUUAUACUGUUAACCUGGAGCUACUUUAUGGUAGUCUUCCGAGAUCCUGGUUCUAUACCUCAAAACUGGGCUCCAGUAUUGGAUGUUAAUCUGGAGGAAGGUACUUCAUCUUCAUCUUUAGCAACUCCAUGGCCUGCAUCAAAUGGAUCAGAGCGAAGAUCAACUGUGGGGUAUUGUAGUCGAUGUCAGAAUCCCAGGCCACCACGUUGCCACCAUUGUUCUGUCUGCCAAAAGUGUGUUCUCAAAAUGGAUCACCAUUGUGUAUGGGUAGUUAAUUGUGUUGGGGCACGCAACUACAAGUUCUUCCUCUUAUUUCUUAUAUAUACAUUUCUGGAGACAACAUUGGACACAUUUGCAUUGCUUCCUAAAGUUAUUGCUUUAUUUGGAGAAGCAAGGAAACAUUCUGCCUCUCCCGGUAAUCUGGCAGUCAUGGUUUUGGCAUUUGUUCUAAAUUUGGCCUUUGCCCUUAGUCUCCUCUGUUUUGUGAUCAUGCAUGCAACACUUCUUUGGAGCAACACAACAACUAUCGAGGUUUAUGAGAAGAAGAGGGAUAAAAAGGAAACGGCAUCCAGAUGGAAGUAUGACUUGGGUUGGAGAAAGAAUGUUGAGGAGGUCUUUGGCACGAAAAAAGCGCUAUGGUUUCUUCCAAUGUUUACAAAGGAUGAUUUAGACAAUGUACCCUCGCUACAAGGCACACAUUUUCCUGUGCGUGAUGAUUCUGAGUCGUAAAAAGCUGGUGAGUAAACAUUAGUUGACCCUAGUGUUGUUGAGGGUGCCAUCACACCAGCUAGAUGACGCCAUUGUAAUAUUUGAAUUUGAGUGCGGCACCAUUAUUGCAACGGCUGGAGUGGCAAACCUGUUCCAUAAUACUUGUUUAUGUGAUAGUUCCUCUUACAUCAUCAUUCUCAAAAAUACGAGUAGGUGAUAACUGUUAGUCUGUUACAUUCAUUCUUGAGUGUAGAAAAUUUAUCUUCCCUCCUUAAAAUUUAUAUUGUAGUGUCACUAGUGUGGACGUGUGAUACUACUAGCGUCUUCUGCAUAUACUGCUCAUUAUCCCUUGCAGUUCUUUCUGCAGGCUUCAGAUUUGUAUGAAUUUGUCAUGCAGAUGUUUUAUUUCCUUU